ACGUAUGGAAUUAUUCGAUAUCAGUCAAGCAAUGUCUUUUUUACAACGAAUAAAACUUCUACCUCACAUAACACCAACUGUUAUAUCAAUCACUCCAUAUUCUGCAAACUCUGGAAUGAUUUUGAAUGAUACGUUACAAGAUAAUGAUUCUACAAAUAAUCACUCUAAUGUUGCAAAUUUCAAAAAUCAAGAUCAAGCUACUGCAUCAUUAAUGCAAGAAUCCACAUUGUUGAUAAAGAAAGAUGCUGAAAUUAGAGAUGUUGUGCGUAAUGAUAGAGCUUAUUUUUUAUUAUGGGUUUUUGAAGAAAUCUUGGGUAAAGAAAAUUGUAUUUUGGAUAUAACGAGAAAAGAAAUGCUAACAGAUGAAACUCGCAAAAAUAUUUCUACCCUUUUGGAAGGGUUUCUUGCAUGUUACAAGCGCGCACCUUCGCAUGAUGAUGCGUGCACAAUGUAUCUUUGGUCCGUCCGUGAAAAACUUUGGACUCUGACUGGAACAUUUCCAUGA